AACACAGCAUUGCUGGAGUGAAACUACUUAUGCGCCAAUUUCAGUGAUGGUGAUGGCAACAAAACCUUGUCAUCUAAAUAUGGUUAAAAGGGAUCCUGGACAAAAUUGGGUUGAUGCUAUCAAGGGGGACUUUGGAUAACGUGUGUCAUACUAGAAUGCUGAGCAAGAAAUUUUUUUUUAUUCAAGCGGUAAUUGAAAAUUCUUUAAAAAAUUGUGAUUUUGACGAGAGCACCUGAGUGAAGUUUGAGACUGUGAAAUCAUGUUGCUGGUGCAUUCAAAAGUUCAAUAGUAUUCUAAACCAACAUGUCCAUGUUUGCUGAAAAAAAAAACUAAUUAAAAGAACUUCAUUUUCAUAAUAAACUUAAAAUUUGUCCCUUUUAAAGUUUAAAAUUGAUUUUUUUUUUCAAUUGUUUUCUUACGAAUAAUCCUAAAAUCACAGCUAAUAUACAAGCUGUAGUGAUAAAAUUAGGUGUGUAGCUUCAUUUAUCUAUUUUGUGGGUUAUGGGCUAUUCAAAAGUCAAUUUGGUCAAUUACUUUAAAAAAAAUAUAUUUUUGUUAUUUUCCUUGUAUGAUAAAUUAUAAGCGUUUUCAGCCGAGUCAAAUUAAAAAAAAAUUUUUUUUUAAGUUUUGAAAAGUUUGAAAGAAAUUAAACUAGCUCAGUACCUCUAAAUAUACUUGAAGUUCAUGAAUCAAUUUUUUAAGCAGUAUGUAAGUUUUAUUUUUUGAAUUUUAAAACUCUAGGAAUAGGUGUUAUUUUCAAGAUGCCAGCCAUUGUUCAGUCUAUAUAUCUCUAUGUCUAUGUUUAGACCCCAUUUAGACCCCAUAUAAACCUUAUUUAUAUCCAAAUAGACGCAAAAAGACACCAUAUAGACCCCAUAUAGAGCCCAUUUUCACACCCUAUAGACCCUAUGUAGACCACAUAUAGGCCCCAUAUAGACGCCAAAGUGCUACAAAGUGAUUUUCGAUUAACUAAGACGACCAUUUUAAAUCAAAUCAUCAUUUAUAAAGGCCACAAAAUUACCGCCCAUCACAGCCUUCAAAACUUCCUUUAAAAACAACAAUCAAAUAGACACAGGCAACAUCCACAUUUUUUGUUGUUUUUUUUUUUUCAACUGAAGGCAUUCUACUAUGAUUCUACCCAAGACCAAUUUCAAAUAGGGGGGAAAAAAAUCUAUUUAUUUUUAAAUUUAAUAAUCAAUAAAAUCAUUGGGACUACUUUUGUUACCUGCAUAACAAAUCAGGAGUUACGGCCCUUGGUUCCACCCCGCCACGGAUAUCAACACCCGUUCAAUAAAACUGGCUACAGACUGCAACAAUUCAAUCCGAAAUGUUGUACUACGAAUGGAGGGCGUCACACGCUUAGCAGACUAUGACUUUAUAAGGCUCAGCGGUUCUAAAAUUGGGACAACGUUGUAGUUUUGAAAAGUUUUUUGAGUUAUAAGGUCCUUUCAAUUUUUUUAUAUUACCUGGAAUGUUGAACGUUCUGGAAAUUUUAAUAAUUAUGAAAUCCUCUAAAAACGUGUAAGUGGCUUAAGGUUGACCACACUUCUCGGCAGUUGCUUAACUUAAAACACAUGCCAACCACAUGUCAACCACAUGCAAACAACAUGCCAGCCACAUGUCAACCACAUGCCAACCACAUGCCAACCACAUGCCAACCACAUGCCAACCAAAUGCCAACCACAUGCCAACCACAUGCCAACCACAUGCCAACCACAUGCCAACCACAUGCCAACCACAUGCCAACCACAUGCCAACCACAUGCCAACCACACGCCAACCACAUGCUAACCACAUGCCAGCCACAUGUCAACCACAUGCCAACCACAUGCCAACCACAUGCCAACCACAUGCCAACCACAUGCCAACCACAUGCCAACCACAUGCCAACCACAUGCCAACCAAAUGCCAACCACAUGCCAACCACAUGCCAACCACAUACCAACUACAUGCCAACCACAUGCCAACCACAUGCCAAGCGGUGUGAAAUGGCGCCGAAACAUGCCAACCACAUGCCAACCACAUGCCAACCACAUGCCAACCACAUGCCAACCACAUGCCAACCACAUGCCAGCCACAUGUCAACCACAUGCCAACCACAUGCCAACCAAAUGCCAACCACAUGCCAACCACAUGCCAACCACAUGCCAACCAAAUGCCAACCAAAUGCCAACCAAAUGCCAACCACAUGCCAACCACAUGCCAACCACAUACCAACUACAUGCCAACCACAUGCCAACCACAUGCCAAGCGGUGUGAAAUGGCGCCGACCCUCCCACACGUUUAUAAUUUAAUAAUGUUAGUAGCAAACAUUUUUGUUUUUAAAAAAUCACCCACGACGGUAAAAUUCAACCCCCCCCCCCCCCCCCCCCCCCCACCCCCCCCUCUAUUUUCGAUGUCAGCCCUUGAAAAACCACCCUGAACAAAUAAGUUAAAGGCCAUGGUGUACACUUUAUAAACAAAAUUGUGAAGACCCAGGAGUGACGUAGUAGAUCGAGGUAACAGAGCGUGACUUUAACUUGGUUAAUAUUGAAAUAACAUGUUCUUCUUCUUAGUGAUCAUUUACCUUUCAAACUUCAUAGGUUAAAUUGGAAAUAAACGGCCUGUUUUAUAGUGAGGUCUUACCAGUCAAACUUUCAUGGGUUAAUAUUGAAAUGAACUGUUUAUUUGACAGUUAGAUCUUACCAUUCAAACGUCACUAGCUGGGCUGCCAUUGAAAAGUUUUGGAACAAUAUUUGAUUGAUUUUUCACCUUAUUGGCGUAAAAAAAUCACAGAGAAUCGAUUGCAACUGCUAGGAUAAUGGAAUUGGUUUUCACAUUCGACUGUUGAGGAUAUCAAAAGCAACGUGAAUGAAGUUUCGGUGGCGGCUGCUGUUGAGUGUCGGCGUGUGUUUCAGCUGCGUGUACACACUCACAUUCCUUACAUCCGUGUAAGUAGGCACUACACAUUCCUUACAUUUGUAUGUAAGUGGGUGUGAUGGACGUAUGUACAAAGUGUUAUCUACUGUGUGAUUAAUAGAGACGUGACUGGAAAUGAAAAUUUUAAGUAAGUAAAUCUGUUUGUGUGAAUCUGUUUGUGUGAAUCUGAUUGCAGGAAUCUGUUUGUGUUGAAUCUGUUUUGUAUGAAUCUGUUUGUGUGAAACUUUUGUGUGAAUUUGUUUGUAGGAGUCGGUUUCUGUGAAUCCGUUUGCAUGAAUCUAUUUGUAUGAAUCUGUUUGUGAGAAUCUGUUUGUGUGAGUCUGUUUGUAUGACUUUGUUAGUGUGAAUCUGUUUGCGUGAAUCUGUGUGUGUGACUCUGUUAUCCAAUGCAUCGCCACACAAAAUAAUCUUAACGAGAAACAUAGAUUUAUUACGGUAAAUACUAUUUUAUAAAAAGAAUAUCCAGUAUCCAGCAUCCAGUAAUCCAGUAAUUUUUCAUCCCUCUUUAACAACAUCCUUAUAAAGAUCUACCAUUGAUGAAACGGUGACAAUAGAAAUGUUUUGAUUCUUACAAUUGAAUGAAUUUUUUUUAAAUAAGUCAAGCCGUCCCGACCAAUCCUAAGUGAACUUUUGAAACGUUCAUUUGUAUUUGUGUAAGUAACAUGAACACGUUCACUAGAUACAACAAAAAAAAAAAAAACCCACUGAAAUAUCAAAUGUUAAAUAAAUAUAUCAAGAAAUAUAAUCAAAUGAUCGGCGCGGUAGAGCCACACGAAGGACCAAGGGGAAAUGCUUGAAGUCUAACGUCAUUGAAAAUAUAUGACGAGCUCGCUGCACUGUCCGGUAGCCAGGCAGGAGGAAAAUCACAGUCGGUUUCUGUCCACACUCGCCUUCGGUAGUUAAGGUUGCUGGGAGGUUGAGUGGUCCAAACUGAGCAAAUCGGAGUUCAAUUCCAGCCAAAAGCCCAGUCAAGCAAAAACUUCACCAGCACCAUCGGGUAGAUGGGACCCGUUAAACUUGGAUGGCAACUCAUCUAAGAGAAGGAAACUCUGAAUUCAAUCCCAGAGAUGGAUUCCCGUAGGUGGAUAACAUUGGUACAAUGAAACAUUCGAACAACUCCUGCGACAUCAUCCAAAUGAUGUUCCCUAGGGUUAUUUUUAUCGGACCCCCCCCCCCCGCCCCAUUUCGGUCAUAACUAAAACGCGGCGCCCUCUAUUAACUUAAAUGAAAAAUGGUUACAGUUAAUGUACUGAGUUGUAGUAGUUUUGGUAAUGGAUUCCCGUAGGUGGAUAACAAUGGUACAAUGAAACAUUCGAACAACUCCUGCGACAUCAUCCAAAUGAUGUUCCCUAGGGUUAUUUUUAUCCGACCCCCCCCCCCCGCCCCAUUUCGGUCAUAACUAAAACGCGGCGCCCUCUAUUAACUUAAAUGAAAAAUGGUUACAGUUAAUGUACUGAGUUGUAGUAGUUUUGGUGUUCGAAAAAUAAUUACAAGCCAUUUUUCACACGUUUCUAGGAGGAAACUAAAUUAAAUCUAGAGUGUUUGUAUGGUUCUACGGGGAUUAUAUUAUAGGAUCUAAAUGCUUAUUGAAUUGUUAGUUUAGUUCUCUUCAUUUAUAUGCUUUCUUGCUGAUUUUCUGUGUCACCGAGUCAUCUUGUAUACAUUUCUUAAAGUGUCUAGAUUAUUCUAGAAGCUUCGUUUUUUCCCCCCAGAAGUAUUUUUAAAAUGCCCUAAACAUGUUUAUUUUGUCUGAUUGACUUUCAAUGACUGUUCGGGAAUGUUCUGGAAUAAGAAUGAAAGAUAAUUUUUGACGUUUCUUUGAAAGUUCCAAAUUGUUUGUCUCUUAUUAUUGCCCAGCCUAUAUGCGUAAAUGGAGGCUUAGAUUACAGUAUACACUUCUACGCAUAUUGAUGUAUUGACCUACACUGACCCUUGAGUGACGUCUGCAGAUCUCGUAGCGUUUCAUUGGUUGCUCGUUCCCGAUAACAAUCAUCGCUGACAACAACAUUUCUAGCACAGACAGGUCAUUCAAGACUUUUAUAGCACAGACAGGUCACCCAAGACUUCUAUAGCAUAGACAGGUCACCCAAGACUUUUAUAGCACAGACAGGUCACCCAAGACUUUUAUAGCACAGACAGGUCACUCAAGACUUUUAUAGCACAUACAGGUCACCUAAGACUUUUAUAGCACAGACAGGUCACCCAAGACUUUUAUAGCCCAGACAGGUCACUCAAGACUUUUAUAGCACAGACAGGUCACUCAAGACUUUUAUAGCACAGACAGGUCACUCAAGACUUUUAUAGCACAGACAGGUCACCCAAGACUUUUAUAGCACAGACAGGUCACUCAAGACUUUUAUAGCACAGACAGGUCACUCAAGACUUUUAUAUCACAGACAGGUCACCCAAGACUUUUAUAGCACAGACAGGUCACUCAAGACUUUUAUAGCACAGACAGGUCACCCAAGACUUUUAUAGCAAAGACAGGUCACUCAAGACUUUUAUAGCACAGACAGGUCACCCAAGACUUUUAUAGCAUAGACAGGUCACCCAAGACUUUUAUAGCACAGACAGGUCACUCAAGACUUUUAUAGCACAGACAGGUCACUCAAGACUUUUAUAGCACAGACAGGUCACUCAAGACUUUUAUAGCACAGACAGGUCACCCAAGACUUUUAUAGCACAGACAGGUCACCCAAGACUUUUAUAGCACAGACAGGUCACCCAAGACUUUUAUAGCACAGACAGGUCACCCAAGAAUUUUAUAGCACAGACUGGUCACCAAAGACUUUUAUAGCACAGACUGGUCACCCAAGACUCUCUCAUUUAAAGACGAUUUCUUUCGAAAGUACAAUAAAAGAUAGAAAAUAGUUUUCUUAAAAUUCUGUACACAAAGAAAGUCUGUUCAGAAAAUAUGUACAACAUUAGCGUUUUAUUGGUUGCUCGUUCCCGAUAACAAUCAUCGCUGACAACAACAUUUCUAGCACAGACAGGUCACUCAAGACUUUUAUAGCACAGACAGGUCACCCAAGACUUUUAUAGCACAGACAGGUCACCCAAGACUUUUAUAGCACAGACAGGUCACUCAAGACUUUUAUAGCACAGACAGGUCACUCAAGACUUUUAUAGCACAGACAGGUCACCCAAGACUUUUAUAGCACUCUGUCCAGUGAGUUCUGAAAAUUAGCACAGACAGGUCACUCAAGACUUUUAUAGCACAGACAGGUCACCCAAGACUUUUAUAGCACAGACAGGUCACUCAAGACUUUUAUAGCACAGACAGGUCACCCAAGACUUUUAUAGCAUAGACAGGUCACCCAAGACUUUUCUAGCACAGACAGGUCACUCAAGACUUUUAUAGCACAGAAAGGUCACCCAAGACUUUUAUAGCACAGACAGGUCACCCAAGACUCUUAUAGCACAAACAGGUCACCCAAGACUUUUAUAGCACAGACAGGUCACCCAAGACUUUUAUAGCACAGACAGGUCACCCAAGAUUUUUAUAGCACAGACAGGUCACCCAAGACUUUUAUAGCACAGACUGGUCACCCAUGACUUUUAUAGCACAGACUGGUCACCCAAGACUCUCUCCUUUAAAAACGAUUUCUUUUGAAAGUACAAUAAAAGAUAGAAGAUAGUUUUCUAAAAUUCUGUACACAAAGAAAGUCUGUUCAGAAAAUAUGUUCAACAUUAGAAAAAAUAAUAUAUAUUUAAAGUUGCAUCUACAUUUAAUCUGAAUCAUUUUGCUUCGUAGGGCGUCUUUCUGCCCUUGUUCACAUAUUUUCUUUAGGAAGUGUCUUUAAAAAAAAUUAUUUUCUACUUUUUAAUGUGCUUAAACUCGUCUUCGAAAGAAAGCCUUUAAAAAGAAAUAUUUACGAAAAAUAAUUAGAAAACCCCCUUGAAUAAUAUUAAUCUAUUAUUUUCAGAAUACAAUAUAACAGGAGACUAAAGCUUGGGCCGUUGAAUCAGACGUUAAGAGACCUUCAUUAUGAAGGAGGACCUAAGGUAACUAUGACGUUAGGAAGAUUAAUCAGGCCAGUGGCAGGGCCCAAAAGGUAGGAAUGGAAAGUCGGGCACUCAAAGAACGACGUGUGUGCCUUCCCAUCAGUAAGGGCUUUGGGAUCAAUCGUAAAAUGGUUUUGUAACACUCUUGUGCUACUUGUAACUGAAAUGUAAUCAGUGUUACUAUUGUGGCUUGAUUACGGUCCAAUACUUACUAAUUAUUAAUAUGAUGAACUGCUAUGAAAGCUGGAGACAACGCAAAGCAUUCAUCAUCAACAUUAAAUUUUAUUCACAUGGACACUGAAUAUUCACAAUAUAAAAUAGGUCUCCAAAGUGGAAUAAAAUAAUUAUCAUCACAUCAUAAACUUCAUACACUUUGUAAUCCAAAAAGAUGAAAGAUAGCUGUUCCGAUUCCAUGUGAUCUAUUCUUAAAUCAAUAUUCAAAUCCAUCUAUCCUUGUUCAAUCUAAUCUCUCAACUUCAUUUCUCUCCCUCUUUCUGCGCAUGACAUCCAAAAUCAUCAACACAAUUCGUAAAAUAACGAAACAAUGUAUAUUUCUAUGCAUAUGGAGCUGUUGCAGGCUUGAACAAAAACAAUUUGAAUUUUAAAAGUAUGCAAAUUUUUUAUAUAAAAUAAAAGUGAGGGGGAAACGUGUACAGGCGACACAGCCACGUUCGGACAACAAAGUCAGCUUCUGGCGACACAUCAACCGUCUGGCGACAAAUCCACCUUCUGGCGACACAUCCACCUUCUGGCAACACAUCCAUCUUCUGGCGACAAAUCCACCUUCUGGCAACACAUCCGCCUUCUGGCAACACAUCCACCUUCUGGUGACAAAUCCACCUUCUGGCAACACAUCCACAUUCUGGCAACACAUCCACCUUCUGGCGACACAUCCACCUUCUGGCGACACAUCCACCUUCUGGCGACACAGCAAUCUUCUUGCGACACAUCCACCUUCUGGCGACACAUCCACCUUCUGGCGACAAUCCGUCUUCUGGCGGCACACUUACCUUCUGGCAACACACCCACCUUCUGGCAACACAUUCACCUUCUGGUGACACAUCCACCUUCUGGCGACACAGCAAUCUUCUGGCGACACAUCCGACUUCUGGCGACACAUCCACCUUCUGGCGACGCAUCCACCUUCUGGCAACAGAUCCACCUUCUGGCAACACAUUCACCUUCUGGCGACACAGCAAGCUUCUGGCGAAACAGCCACCUUCUGGCGAAACAGCCACCUUCUGGCGACACAUCCACCUUCUUGAUUGUGGACCUUGAUUAGAAAUUAAAAUAUUUAAAUUUUCAUAUGAUGGUUUGUUGGUGUGCUCACUCCUAAUCCAGAUUUGAAUUUUGAUUAUUAUUUGGUCUCUAUGACUAAAAGGAGUUUAUUUUAAGAUUUAUUAUAAUUCCGCUGUAACUAAUAAAUCAUGCUGUUGAGGAAAUAUCAGCCAUCUUACUGUAGUAUAUAAUCAGUCAUCUAGCUGUAGUAUACAAUCAGUUAUCUAGCUGUAGCAUGUAAUCAGUCAUCUAGCUGUAGUAUGUAAUCAGUCAUCUAGCUGUAGUAUGUAAUGACUCAUCCAGCUGUAGUAUAUAAUCAGUCAUCGAACAGUACUAUACAAUCAGUCAUCUAACUGUGGACUAUAAUAAGUCAUCUAAUUGUAUUUUAUAAUAAGUCAUCUAACUGUAGAAUAUAAGUCAUCUAACUGUGGAAUAUAAUAAGUAACUAACUGUAGAAUAUAAUAAGUCCUCUAUUUGUAUUUUAUAAUUAGUCAUCUAAAUGUAAUUUCUAAUCAGUCAUCUAAUGUAGUAUAUAAUCAGUCAUCUAUCUGUACUAUAUAAUCAGUCAUCUAACUGUAGUAUAUAAUAGGUUAUCUAACUGUAGUAUAUAAUAGGUCAUCUAAUAAAUGUAGUAUAAUGUGCUCGAAAUUACUGAAGAAAUUGUAACCGUGACAAAUGAUUCAAUGCGGACAAUAAUACGAUGUCUUCUAUUCCUUUUAUUUAUCCUCUUGUCCAAGCAAUAAUUUAACGUUUGUUAAAAGAAGUUUUUUUUUAUUGUCCAUUUCCAGAGCCCGGCUGUUGUUUCACCAACCGGAAGUUACCUGGAAGACUUUCUGUUGUCUCGAGUCCAGCUAGCAGAGGCCCACAAUCUAACUCUCCAAGCUCUUCAAGGGGACGAGCUCUGCCAGGAGGUAGCUGCGAACCCUGCCUCGUUUUGGAUUAGUCAGCCCCAACCUGGCAACCACUACAACUCUAGCUUCACUGCUGACGUUGAUCAUGCCAGGAUGACUAAAGCUCUCAAGUACGUGCGACGGGCCAGGUUUGACAAUAAAGAUAUUUGACUAUUCCAGAAUGAAGUCACGUAUUCCUGGUCUGUACACUGGCAUGGACGCUGGCCACAAACAAACAGAGACCAUCCUCGACGUUGUAGAUUUAAAGGAGGGCCCAUAUGAACAGAACUCAAAACGAUGACACUCUCUUGCUUUACCCUUGUAAAUAAUUUGGCACUUGGAAGCUUCUUUUCCAUAAAUCCAAUGUAUUUUACUGAUCAUUUAUUUUGUUACAAAUUUGAGCAAUACAACUUGUUACAAUGAUACUCAGAAGUGUGCACGCACGUAAUCAUUUGAGCAUGUCACUGCAACGUCCCCUCAUCGAAAAACGAGAUAAAUGGAAGUUGGUUUGAAGUAAUAGAAAUAAAUUAUUGACUACUUCUUUUUGUUUGAUGUAUUCUUCGGUUUAGGCAAAAUUUUGAUUUAAAUGUUGGUUAAUUCGCCUGAGUAACAUCAUUCAGCGUUUUUCAUUGCCGCAGUUGGCUUACAGAUGUAAACAAACUUAAUUUAUUGAAUUUUAUUUUAUUUUUGAAUUUUAUUUUUGAAUUUCUUUAAACAAAUUUUAUGUGUAAUUAAAUUUAAUUUAUGUUAAGCAUGCCCAAAGCUAUUUUUUUUUUAAACUAAGAGAUUUGAUCUUUAAUGAAAUGUAUUUUAUGAUUGAAACCCAUUCUAGUUGCCGCGGUCAGUGGUUGCCAGAAUACUUGAAGACGCCGCCAGUAGCCGCAAUGUUCGACUUUGAGAAGGAAUAUUUGUCUGAUCCGCCAUUGAUAGAUGCAAAGUCAGUGUCGAGCAGCCUCCACUCAACCGCCGUAUUGUUGAAUACAAGGUACUUAGUGCAUCAGUCCUACUGUUAAACACAAUGUACUGAGUGCAUCAGCCCUACUGUUAAACACAAUGUACUGAGUGCAUCAGCCCUACUGUUAAACACAAGGUACUGAGUGCAACAGUCCUACUGUUGAUCACAAUGUACUGAGUGCAUCAGUCCUACUGUUAAACACAAUGUACUGAGUGCAUCAGUCCUACUGUUAAACACAAUGUACUGAGUGCAUCAGUCCUACUGUUAAACACAAUGUACUGACUUCAUCAGUCCUAAUGUGAAAUACAUGUUACCCAGUACCUUAUUUCAGCCAAUAUACAUGAUGCAUCCCACCAGGGACUUGAAUUGUUGAGAUCCUAAGGAGUAGAACACCCCUUAAAAAUCUACCUUUGACUUCAUUGGCGCGUCCUUAGUGUAGCACUGAUCUAGUAGAGCCACCAAGUCUUUUCAUUAACUUUAGGUUCCAAAAUGUAUUGAAAAAUGUCACUGAUUUCCACCCAAUAUUUACUCAUAACACAUACGUUAGUCAUUCACGAACAUGAAACACACGACACACAUGACACACAUGACACAUAGACACUAAAUAGAUUCUUUGAACUCGUCUAUUCACAAAAUGUUAAAGGCUCAUCUAGGAUUAUUUUUAUUGCGGAUCAUUUCAGCAAUUAUGCAUUGAGUUUAUUUUAAAUUUUAAAAUCAAUUUUUAACACGCCAUUUAUCUUUACGAGUUUCUACAAGUGUUUAUAAUGUGUGUACAGUUCAAAGUUUCAUGUUGGAGACACCAUCCGUAUCAAAGUUGUCAUCAAAGAUGGUUACGGGCGUCGAAAGACCAAGGGCGGUGACGAGAUUAGAGCGUGGAUACGAGAUCUCGAUCACGACAGCAAACUGUCAGCUCACGUGACCGAUUUCAGCAAUGGGACGUACUUGAUCACCUCCAUCCUACCCUGGCAGGGACGUCUGAAGUAAGCGGAACAUAAAAAUUCUUAAGAUACGUUUUAUUUAUUUUAAAUAAAAAUUAUAUUAUCUACCCAACCAACAAAAAAAAAAAGAAAAGGUUUUUACAUAGCCGUCUACUGGUAGCUUUUUCUCACUUGCAACUUCGAGGAAUUAAGUUUUCAGAUUUAUGUUUAUGAUCACUUUCGGUGAAGUUUCGGUUUCGAAACAGAAAAGUUAACGUUAAAGUUUAUUUUCUGUUUCGGCCGAAUUUGAUUGAGACUUUCGGCCGUCUAACAGAAGUUAGAGGUCACUCACUCUGUUGGCAGGCGAUCCGAUGUUCAUUAUUGCUCGACGUCUUGCUUUCAUCGUAUAAUGAAUGACUAAUCCUCUGUGAACACUGCUCACAGCUGCAUGAUGCCCUACUUGUCCAAAAUUUUCAAACACAAAAUUUCAAUUGAGCUUAGGCAAAGGUAAAUGCGUUUUGUGGGGAAAAAACUACGGGAAUGGUAAUAUUUAUAUAUAUAUAUAUAUGUUUUUUUUUUCAAAAAUAAAAUUUGGGAACCUUGACAAUUCGUCUAUUUGUGACAUUCAGUUUGAAUAAGAAGGUGAAAAAGAUUGUGGGGAAAAAAAUCUUUGGGAAUUGUAACAUUUCCAUUAUUAUUUUUGUUUCGAAUUUAAAAAAAAUAAAUGUAGGGUCCCUUAGGCAAAUUCAAUUCAUUCAUUUUUUGAAAUUCAUCAUUAUCAUGGUAAUAAACGUUGCUAUUGACAAAAUAACACAAGUGUGCAUAUAUUACUGUUUCGUAUAAUAAUUAUGAAGUAAACCUACUGCACACCUAUUUAUUCUUACGAUUUUGGCGUACAAUGUACUAUUUUGAGAUUCUUUUACGAUUCUACGCCGAGAUUUACCAGAACUAUGAUUUUAAGAGACCGAUAUAAACACCACCACCACCACCACCACCACCACCUCCACCACCACCAACACCACCACCUCCACCACCACCACCACCUCCCACCCCACCACCACCACCACCCACAAGCGUACAAUGUACUAUUUUGCGAUUCUUUUCCGAUUCUACGCCGAGAUUUUCCACAACUAUGAUUUUAAGAGACCGAUAUAAACACCACCACCACCACCACCACCACCACCUCCACCACCACCAACACCACCACCUCCACCACCACCACCACCUCCACCACCACCACCACCACCACCACCACCACCAAUGAGGGUGGAGAAGGUUGGUCGCUGAACGAAAUAAUGAAGUCCCAGCCCGGAAAGAUUAUAACGUGUUGUCACUAGGAUCAAUAUUACCACAGCUAUAUCUAGCGAGCUAUUUAUGAAAACACAAAAUAUUAGUCUGCCAAUAACUGCGAAACAAUUUGGUGGUAUUUUGUAUAGAAAUGUCUGAACUCUUGCAAGGAAGUCUCACACUCUGACAAAAUGUCGCCCCGGACAAAUCUUUUACGAAGUGAGCCCCCUAACCGACGCACACGUCAUUUAUAUAAUGCUAUGCCUUAACACCAAAGAUGUGACCCGAGGCUGUAGCCCCUUUUUGUAACCCAAAGGGUCGUAACUGCUUGCAGCAUAUGCAGUGCAUGAUCUUUUUUAUCUCUGUCACAGAGUGUUUGUAGAGCUGGCAUAUCCAAGAGAAUACUUCACCGCCCUGCUGACCAGUCACUUGCUCAUCAAAGCCUACCAACAAUCCAUCGGCGGAUUUUUCAAUACACAAGUAAAGACUUUUAAAAUAUAAAUGCACUCUAAUGGCACUUAUCUAAACUCGCACUUACAACAUACAUUUACUAAACUCGCCUCAAACCUUAUUUCUUUAACUCUUAAUUGCAUUGUAGCUUUAUUUGUAUGAGAAUACACGUAAGGACUUAUCAUUUGUUAAAGCCUUGCAUUCACAAAAUGAAAUAGUCGCUCAUAAUAAAUUUUGUGACAAAAGAGCCCCCACUCUAAAAAAAAAACCCCCCCCCCCAAAAAAAAAAUAGACCCCCCACCGAAAAAAACCCCAUAACAAAGCAACAAUAAGUCUUUAAAAAAAAAACCCCCCCCCCCCAAAAAAAAAAUAGACCCCCCACCGAAAAAAACCCCAUAACAAAGCAACAAUAAGUCUUUAUCUUUUACAAUUUAAUUAUUGUAUUUUUUUUUAGCUUGUUUGUUUUUUUUCACCCAUAAAAUUUCAAUGAUUCUAAAACAGGCGAGUGAAGGUACGCCAUGUUAUAACACUCCAGUGCUACCUGGGUAUGGACCUAGCCAGAUAUGCAAUGUGACGUCAUCUAACGGCGCCCCCUGGUACUGCGGACGACCCGCCAAGCCUGAGUUGAGCUGCAAAGAUUAUAAAUUUACCCGGCUCGUGGAUAACCAUAUGGCGCCACCAAUGUUGGAGUCUGAGAUGGCAGUUUUGAAAAUGAAAGGGUAACUGUCAAGAAAUAUGAACACGGCUAUUAGGUCUGCAGAGUGUAAGAAAAAAAAAUUAAUGAACAAAAUAAUAAGUUUGAAGACGUAUCAACCAAAAAAGAAAGUAAAUAAAGAAGCGUAUUGAAAAUUUAGUUAGCUUAAGUAAUAUUUAAAUUAAUAAGCAGUUUAAAGAUGGAUAAUUAAAACUAUUUCACAUUAGAUUUUGUAUCAUAAUCAUUUUGUAGCGCCUUCAUUUACUCCGGCCCCCUUACCAUGGGAAGUAGGCAAUCGAUGUUUCUCAAUUAUGAUCAGUCUAUAACAGACAGCUAAGUUGUCUUUCCAAGCAACUCCCAUUAAAUUAUAUCUCCAAGCGAAUCCCAUCAAGUAAUCUCUCUAAGCACUAACAUUAAGGUUAUCUCUUCAAGCUGCUUGCAUCAAAUUAUCUCUACAAGCCACUCCCAUACCUUGAGACAUUAUUUAUUGGCACUUGAUUAUUAUUAUUAUUAUUAUUAGGUGGUUUUAUAUAGCGCAGUGCCCCAACCUAAGGCUAGGGUCACUGCGCUUCACAUAAAAAUUAGCAAGUACAUUUAAAAACAACAAUUUGUGAAAAGCUUGACCUCACUACCUAAGUACUAUCUACCCCUGUCUAGCCCUGGACAGCAACCAGCAGAAUCGAGCGUUGUUGAUCAGUAAAAAAAGGAGGGGAUGAGAAUGAAUCGGUAUAGUACAGUUUGAAGAGAUGUGUCUUGAGGGCAGUUUUGAAGACUGUGCUGGUCGUUAUAUUGCGGAUGUAUAAUGGGAGAGAAUUCCAUUGUUUUGGAGCACAGAAAGAUAAAGAUCAUUAUUCACCAUAUGUUUUAGUGCGUGUUCUGGGAACAGAAACAAUACGCGUGUCUGCGGAGGAACGAAGCUUUCAAAAGGGUGAUUAAACAGUAAGAUAUGAAGAGCAGGAACCAGAGAAGAGGUUGUGACAGAGAAUGUAAUCAAAGCGUGCCUGUAUAGUUUGAGAUUAAAUUUGGUAGUUCUGCUUUACCGUUUUAUCCUGAUCAACUCAGCGAAUGCUUGCGAUUUCGGGACAGUAAAAGUUACUCCAAGUCGUACAAAAUCCAAAGAGGAAUAUUAUUUCAUGCACAUAAAAAAAUAAUAUAUAUGUAGGUGGGUAAUUAUUAAAGUAAAAGGCCCACCAGGGAAAGAUAAACUUGCAGUCAAAAUAUGAGAGUUUUUUGCGUCUUCUGUUGUUAUUUUCAGGUAUAUCUAGCCACGUCAUAAAAAACAUAAUGCAAAUUGAAAGGUUUGAUAAUUUUAAAAUUUUUUUUUCAGUGGGGGUCUUAUUGCAAGUAAAAGUAACAUGGUCAUUGAUGUAGCAGAAAGUAAGUCUUACUCCUUGUCAUCGACAGUACGUGUAUGGUAAGCUUUAGCCUAAUAGCAAGUUACACAUUUUAAAUACAUGAGAUUUGUCCGUUAGCAUUUCUAUAAAGAUGAACAAGACAAUGUGCCAUUAGUGUCAAAAGCAGUCAAAACAUUGUAUGCUGUCACAAAAUUGUAUGCUGUCACAAAAUUGUAUGCUGUCACAAAAUUGUAUGCUGUCGCAAAAUUGUAUGCUGUCGCAAAAGUGUAUGCUGUCGCAAUAUUGUAUGCUGUCACAAAAUUAAGGUGUAUCAUGUAAAAAAAAAAAGUGAAGUUCCAUUCUUAUCGUUUUUUUUCUCUACUAACCGAGCUAGGAAGAGAUCAUUCUUUUCUCCGAAUUAUUUUAAUUUUUUUGUCCACAGAAAUGACGGAUGCUAAAACGAAACUGGUGAGGUUGGCGUCAAAUGUUCCGUGCAGUCAAGUCUCAGCACGAGCCACGUGGGAACAAAACGAACCAACGGGGUAUUUUUACAAAAGUGAAUGGCAGUCCUUGUUGUGUCAGACAAAGCGAGGCUAUGACGUGGCCUGUCGACAAAAUACCGAGGUUAGAGCAGCGAUUUCAAGAAGAUAAUAUAUAUAUUUUUUUUUCAAUGCGGAGCCCCGCAGUCAAUACUAAUUUUUUCUCUCAAAAAAACAUGCAAUUAAUACGAAUGAAGCUGUAUUAUGCUUAACAGCGUAAGUCAGAAUGUUCAACAUAUAAGUGACUUUUUAGUCAUUAUAGUUCAUAGGUACUUAAUCUGACAUCUUUUCCCUGACAACAAGUACAUGUUCUAAGGACCCCAUAACCAGGCAAGUGAAGGCUACGGACCCGAUACAUUUUUUUAAGGCAUGGAAUGAAAUAAAAAAAAAAAAUCCAGCCACGCCCCCCCACCCCAUCUUUUCACUGGCUACAAGUUCAAACACAUUUAAUAGACUAUUUGAAACUCAGAGGAUGAUGUCAACUCUUGACAACCCCCCCCCACCACACACACCGAAUCAUUUAAAAUCCAGACCCUAAACCUUUAGCCAGCGUCUUGAGGUCAAACUGACAACCACAUUGUUAGCUAAUGAGUUAAGAAGCCAAUUAUAUAGCAAUACAAAACUAACUGUAAAACAUGCUUCAGCGAUGAAUGAACUGCGGAAAGUAUGUAUGUCCUAACAUUCACAUUUCUCACAGAUUUUACUAGUUGGCGACUCCAACGCACGUGCACACUACUACACCUUGGCCUCACGCUCCAGGUGCGAUCACGUCAUCAAGGCAGGCCAUGAGAAGUGGCACAAGCCACUAAUGUGUGCGAUAAGGAAAAACAACUUCACGCUGAAGUGGUUUCCACAUUCCCAGCCAUUCAGGACUUCCACUGUAAGUGAUUUCAUCCUUUACAUGCUAUAAUUACUUUAACUUUAAAUAAUUGUGCACAAAAAAGUUUGGGGGAGAGGUUCUGAAGUAAACAUAUCUGUUUAGUGUAACAGUAACAAAUAUUUGUUUUAAAAUUUUUACAGAAGAAAACGUAAAAAAAUUUACAGACUGCAGGUUUCCUAAAAUUUCAAAAAUCACGAUAAACUAAUUUGAUGCCAACAAAUGGAAAGAGAUGUCAAGUGAAGCUUGAUACAAUUUUAAGGAAGAAAUUAGCUUCGUAUCCCUAGUGUAUUAAUACAAUGUUGUUUGUCAAAGUGGUGAAAUGGUUUUGACAGAUGAAAUGGGUUCCUGAGAUUGUGUAGAGUGGAAGAAACGCGUUUCGGGCCAUAAAAAAUGCACGGCCAAAGGAAAGUGUUUGGGAAGUGAAAAGGUGGAAUGAGACGGUUGUUGUUGUUGUUUGUGUUCAGUCGGGAAAUCACCGAGACACAGUAUACACAUCAUUUGGAAGAACCACAGAUCGGCCCAGUGCGUUGACAUACGGCUCUACUGCUGAACGCCCCUUCAGACCUGUGUCCGCUCUUACAAAAGGGAUAUGUCCCUGGAUGCUGAUUUCCCCAGAUUGCUUUUCAAGUUUCUUAUGUUGACAACUCAAUCGACCCAGGAGAGUAAAAAACGCUUAAAGCGCCGCCUCGGCUAGUUAUUCUGAAUUUAGCUUUGAAAAUGCUAUAAAAUGAGGAAGAAACAUAACUUUGUGAAAGUCAACUGUCAGCUUCUUAAAUAUCCGAGGCCCCAUUAGAUCCACAGGGGUUGCAGGGCCCACGCAACGGCCCUGUUUACACCUCUAAUGGAUGGAAAACAUACAAUCAAAAAUAUUAGAAACAUACUUUUAGUUUCAUAAUAUUACAGAACUUUGCCUGGAAGACAUGGUCAGCUUAUGUAGUGUUCAUCCAGUGCUAGAUUAACGCAUGGCUUAGUGAGAAAAGUUAUUCCGGAACUGUGUUCAUCUACCCGUCAAUAAAAGCUAUAUGUCUUUAUCAAACUGUUUUCACCUGCAGGCGGAGUGGGUUGACCCUCUGCACGACUUGAUCCCUUCCAGCCUGGCCAUAGACAACAUUCCAUCCACUGGACGGCACAUCGUCAUCUUAGGCCACUACCUCCACUUCGUUGGUUUACACCUGAGCGCCUACGCCGAGCAGAUGGUCGCCAUCAGAGACGCGCUGUCCAGGGCGUUUAAGAGGAAUCCUAAUGUGGUAGCCAUUAUACUGGUGGGUCAAUGUUGAACAUUUUCCCCUUGAGACGUUGCGAUAGGGGGUGGUGGGGUGUUGGCAUUGCGCAACUAAUAAUAUGGACAAAAAAAGCUUUCAUCGUCGCUCUGUAUUAUCAUAUUAUUAUGAUUGUAUUAAAUGUUUCCUUUAAAAAACAACAACAACAAACUAAUAUAUCUUGAAAUGCUAAAGCUAAAUUGCUGAAACUUUAUUAGAAUAAGGGAUUCAAGUCUAAUAAAACUUUUUUUUUUUGAACAAUUUUUUAUUAUUUUAUUUUGAAAAUUACGUGAGGAUUGAAUGGACGACAUUCGAAAUAUUCUCACGACGCACUAACUUAAAGAGCUAACUUAUCCAUUUGUUAUAUUGAAAUAUUUAAAGGUGAUGUCCUCACCAUGGUUAAAAGUUACCAAUUGUCCUUUUUAUCGUAACCUCCUUAAAAAUUUUAACUAAAGUUUUUACGACACAAAUAUAUCAAUGAUCCUUCAGAAUUUGAGAGAUGACAAUGUUACUAGCGAUAAACUUGCCAGCAAAAUUAACUUAAAUAUUGACAUAGAAAUACAAUUUAGUUAGGCUCUUGACCUUUGUACGUGUUUUUGAAUUGGUCAUCAAUGUCCAUAAUAAUAAAUCUAAUAAUUAUGAUAAUAAUUAAAAAAUAAAAUAAAUACUAUAUACCAGUUUGCUUAUCAGUAGCCAUAAAAGUAAUUCCGCUUACAUUUUCCCAGGGUCCACACGUUCUCAUCAAAGACUCCAGCUACAGGCUGGGAGACAGCCUCAGAGGUUUCAUCAUCACCAUACAGAGGACCAUGUUCAAGGACUUGAGAGACCAGGUGUUCUACUUCCCCGUGUCAGACCUGUCCAUAGCUGUGAUAAACAGGGAGAUACAUCCGGCGUUUGAGACCAGAAAACAAAUCAACAGAUACUUGGUUGGACUUGUGUGUGAUAGGCUCGCAACUAAAAAAUAUUGACGUGUGUGUGACAAGCUAGCUGAUUAACAAUAUUGACUGUGUGUGACAAGCUGGGUGAUUAACAAUAUUGACGUGUGUGACAGGCUAGCUGAUUAACAAUAUUGACGUGUGUGUGACAGGAUGGCUGAUUAACAAUAUUGACGUGUGUGUGACAGGCUGGCUGAUUAACAAUAUUGACGUGUGUGUGACAAGCUGGCUGAUUAACAAUGUUGACGUGUGUUUGUAAGUCUAGCUAAUUAAAUAUUUUAAAGUGUGUGACAGUCCAGCUGAUUAAAUAUAUUGACGUAUGUGACAGUAUAGCUGAUUAACAAUAUUGACGUGUGGUAGGAUGGGGGUAAACAGAUGAAGAAUUGUGUGUGGAAGAUUGAAAUUUUGCCAAUGUUGAGUUAAGUCUGUAAGACUGAGUGCAAUAUUUUAUUGUGUGAUAAGUGGUAAGACUGAGUACAAUAUAUUAGUGUGUGAUAAGUGGUAAGACUGGGUACAAUAUAUUAUUGUGUGAUAAGUGGUAAGACUGAGUACAAUAUAUUAUGUGUGAUAAGUGGUAAGACUGAGUACAAUAUAUUAUUGUGUGAUAAGUGGUAAGACUGGGUACAAUAUAUUAUGGUGUGAUAAGUGGUAAGACUGAGAACAAUAUAAUAUGGUGUGAUAAGUGGUAAGACUGAGUACAAUAUAUUAUUGUGUGAUUAGUGAUAAGACUGAGUACAAUAUAUUAUGUUUGGUAAGUGGUAAGACUGAGUACAAUAUAUUAUUGUGUGAUAAGUGGUAAGACUGAGUACAAUAUAUUAUUGUGUGAUAAGUGGUAAGACUGACAUGUUUUCAGUACUUUUAAAGAACAUGCUGUCAAUUAAAUGGAGUUUAUAAAAAUAUUUUUUUCAUUUAUUUAAGUGUAGGUAAAUAAGCAUAUGAAUAUAGUAAUUAGUUUACCAAGGGAUAUCGACGAGUCGACUAUUAAAUGAAAGAAACAUUUGCCGACAGGACCGGAACACUAUAUAAGGUCAGAGACCUCAGUUAAGAAAUAAACAAAUGUAUAGGUUGAAUUAUUGUCAAAUAAAUUUAUCAUGCGUCACUACUAAUUGAUAUGCACCCGCAUACUCUCUACGCCCCUGAGCAAUCUUAAUAUCCUAAUGCUCCACCUGCUUUGACACCGCAGAUAUGUUACACCAACUGUUUAUUUAAAUCAAAAGAAAACAUGACUCACCAAACGCACUUGAAAUAUUUUUACGAAUAUUCAUUCGAGCCGUUAUCGGGAAUUUUAUUUCGUUAAAUCAGUGGCAGUUGGUUGCGUUAAAACUGAUUUUUGGGGGGAUGGUAAGUGGUGCUGAAAAUUUGAGAACAUGUGUUGUCAUGGGCUAUGAGUGUAUGUGUCAGAGCCUCAGCUCGAAAGGAUGACGGGAAGUGGGUCAUUUAGCCGUCCGGAUAUUUCGCCUCAAGCUAACACACGAAGAAAAGCGAAUUUAGUUAGUAUUAAGGAUUUUAAAAAAAAAUAGAUUUAGUCUUUCUUCAUCUUCAAGGCUUUUAAUAAAUUAACAAACCUUCAGCAACCGAAGAGAGACACGGUACUUCACAAACAAUGUACCAAAUUCACCACUCUUAACCUGAAGUCUCAAUUAUUUUUACACCACAACUACGAAUAGACCGCCUAGUCUAUUUUAUCCAUUAAAAUGUUGAAUGCAUGUAUUGAUUUGCUGUUCGAGGAUGCACGAAACACGUCUGCAGAUGGAACUUUUGUUUUCUGUCGUGGAAAAUAAAAUACCGAAACAGAGUGUUAUUCUCAAAUUUGAAGUUCCGUCACAGCAUUGUGUUAGAUUUGUGUCUGAUAGAUCUUUCAUUCACAA